AUGGAACAUUCGCGUCGGAAGGAGGAAUCGCCUGUUUGGCUGAACUCUAGCAUUCAUGUGUGGAAGACAAAAAAUGACAUAAAUGUCGUUAACCUUCGCGAUGCGUCUGAGCAUCUUCCAGCGCUCCCUUCAGCUCGUGCGGAGGAGAGGCCUCCAGGCAACGGUGGUCACCGAACCAGCAUGGAGCGCACUGGUGAAAACAACGAAAGAACAACGGAACCAACGAAGCAGGAAACUUUAAAUGAGAUUCUCGCCCUCAUGCACCGUGCUUCUGAUCAGACUCGCGGGUCAUCCAAAGGUACAACUGCAGACUCAAAUCUUUCCACAAAUGCUGGUGGAAAAGGUCCCGUGACCGAUUCAGAGGGGAAGGCAUCACUUUUCCCAGAACCCAAAACAUCAGGUAUUGUGGACGUUGAAUUUGUUCAGGGCGUUAAUUUACCAGGGGGUAAAAAUGUGUCCCCUCCACUUCAUACGCAGCCACCUCGCGACAGUAUGCAAACGGUUGCUCUGUUUCAUGAUCCUGUUUGGGGAGCAGCUGCCGUGUCGAGUGGCGCGGAUGUUUUUGACACCGGGAGUGAGAGUCAGGGGAGCGCGGUUACGAGUUUGCAAGUGGAAAAUGUGUCGGGACGAUACAGCAAAGGCGAUGUGAACCCCCCAUUGAUGCCCGCACCGGCGGCGCCCGUAACAAUGAUAGCGCCAUCGGCACCCCUUUCAUAUAAGGUUCCGGGGAAUGUAAACGAGACGAUGUUUACACCGCAGGCGCAACCGGUUGCGAUGACAUCAUCACCGUCACAAUUAGGUUACCCGCAAAACAUCGGUUUGAGUACUGCAGGAUGGGCGGGUGCUGCACCUCAUCCCACAGGUGUUGCGAUGCGUCCGGUUCAGUUUGUUAGUGUGCCUGUUCCUGUAAUGGCGCACAAUGCAGUGAUGGCUGUACCGCAACCUUACCGCAUGCCUUAUUCUGUUUAUCAAAUGCAACCCCAAGCACCGCAUCCUGCCCAGUUGCAGCAUCAACCUGUCGUGUAUCAUACGUCCCCUGGCCAGGAGCUACAUCAUAUUCAUCAACAGAAAGUUUUAGCUCCUCAGGAUGCCACGCCGCGUCCGGGAACCAACAUUGGGGCAACGCCAUUUGUUCCAGGAGGGAAGAGUGUUUAA